CGGUGUGAGUUGACUACAAAACUUUGAUAAAACUGUUGAUAACGAUGCGCGAAGAUCACUCCACGAACGACUUUCGUGGUUUAUCAUCUGUUACGUGGUUUUCUAUGCGUGUCAAAUAACUAUUAGCUACAUUUUAUGUCAAAUAAUUCAAUUAACAUGGGUGCCAAAAGUAAAAAAGUGUUAGAAGUUGUAUCCGGGUGGGAAGCAGUGGAAUUAGCAGUGAAAUGCAUAUUUUUCGGCAUCUGGCAACUUAUUCAGAUGUUUGUGAAAAGAUUAUGGAAGGGACACAGAAGAAAAUCCAAGAAUUCCUCGGUCGAACUCACAGUAGACAACUCUGUGGGUACCCACUGCUAUAUAAAAAUAAUGGGAGUAAAAUACCACUAUGUCAAGACCGGGCCAAAAACUGGCCAGUUAGUUCUCAUACUGGGUGAUGCUCCAGACACUGGCAAAUUAUGGGGUCCCACCUGGACCACGGUAGUCCGUAGGCUAUCUGAAGAAGGUUACCACAUCAUCACCUUAGACCUAAGAGGGACUGGAGGGAGUGAAGGAGGACGCCGCAGUGACUUGGCCCCUCCAAGAGCUGUGGAAGAGUUGUCGACCCUAAUGGAAGUGCUUGGAGUGUCAGAGAAUAACCCUGCUGUCGUCAUCGGCUUUGGCAUUGGUGGGAUGUUGACAUGGUACCUAGCGCACUGUCACGGGCGUAUGAUCGGCAAGCUGGCGGUGGUGGGCGCUCCACACCCGAACCUCUAUUGGCAGUACCCGCCCGCUGCAUUCUGCAACCGAGUUCUGCACUUCAUACAGUGGCCUAACUUCCCCGAGCAGUGGCUAGCGGAAGGAGCGCAGGAGCGGGACGGGAGAUGGGCCAGCUCGCGCGCCUGUGAUUGGUCCGGCCCACUCAACUAUGUUAGAGGAGCGGCGUGGUGGCGCGUACGAGCCAACCACCGCAUCGAGUCGCCCACCCUGCUGGUGGGGGCCCGCGACUCUGCGGCGCAGCUGGUCACUAGCGCCCAGUACUGCCUCAGCUCCACGCUGCGAAUGGUCACCACGCCCGACCCCACCGACCUUGAACUCGCUACCAUCGUACAAGACUUUCUUAUUGAAAAAGAAAAAUCAUCGGAAUUCGAACCCAGGACACUUAUGGGCAGAAUGCUUGGCGCAGUCGCGGGGCGAGGGCGGGAACUCACCGCCAAACUUGUGUUGCCUCCCGUACAGGGAUAAUACACAUCAUAUCAGGGUAGACAGAACCACUCAAAUAACAGUUUUUGGAAAAAAAAUAUAGCGGGUGAAAAAUCAGCUAAAUGUUCGUUCCACGAAGUUACCAUCCCAUAUUCUACAGUAAGUAAAAUGGAUCUUGCUUGGCAAAGUUACAUUUCAAUGCAAUCAUGAGAAAUAUCAUGUACGCUCUUUACAACCGUGUCGCACUAUCAUAUUUGACAUUUAAUGAGACUUACGGGUUAAUUUGUCAAAAAAGUUAAUGUGACAUGGUUUCAAAGUGUAUCCAUAUUAGUACUCGUAACCGUACAUUAUAUUGUUAGGGAAAAUAUAGUGUAUUUUAUAAGACCUAUGUCCUGUGAUCUGUUUUAUGACAAGUUAUUUAAACAACGGUUUAAAGGUUAAAACAGUAAUAUGUACUCGUAAAUCGUAGUGAUAAGCGUGUCAAAACAAAAAUAAAUUCGAGGAUUCUUAUUAAAUAACGAACGUAUAAAGACCUGGUACUAUCAUGAGCACUAUACUAUAUUAUAUACUUAUAGUUUAGUACCCUAUCGCAUUAACAAACUUUACAACCAGUGAAAUUUUCUUUUAAGUUGUCACAUAAGUUAAUUGGACAUAGUUCUGAAGUUAUACGUACUUGUUAUUGUUCGUGACUGUACAAUAAUCCAAAUUAUUCGUUAAGAAUAUAUCAUCGUAUCCACUACGCAACAUAACGCGCAACAUGUACAGCAACAUUGCACAACAGCGCGCGACGUUGCCAGCCGAAGCGCAACAUGUACAGCAACAUUGCACAACAGCGCGCGACGUUGCCAGCUGAAGCGCAACAUGUACAGCAACAUUGCACAACAGCGCGCGACGUUGCCAGCUGA